AUGCAAGAGCACAAGGCGAGCCUCACGUCAAAGAAGAGCAAGAAGAAGGACAGGGAAGAGAGCACUACCGGCGACAGUGGGGUUGCCGGGAGCGAGAAAAAGAGCAAGGCCAAGAGCAAGAGCAAGAGCACCGACGGCAAGCCCCACAAAAGAGAGAAGGAAAAGAAGAAGGACAAAAGAGAGAAGACGACGACGGCGACGACGGAGGACAAGGUGAAGAGCCCGCGUGGCGAGAAAGCGAAGCACAAGAAAAAGAAGAAGAAAGAAAAGGAGGAGAAGGGCACCGUCGAAGAGGAGAAGGAUAAGGCGGCGAGGAAGAAGAAGCGGAAGGAGGCCAAGGAGCGACGGAAGAGGGGACACGCAUUCCUCCUUACCGAUCUGCCCGUCGAAAUCCAGCUGCUCGUCAUGACCUUCCUCACCGCGCCUGGCCUCUGCGCCGCAUCUCUCGUUUGCAAAGAGUGGUACCGCUUGACGAUAGACGAUCACAUCUGGGGCCGCUUGUUCGCUUCCAAGUACCACAAAGCGUACCGGGAGAAGCUCGAAGCCCGAGCACACGCCGACGCUGAAGCCGGCGCGCCGCUCGCGCAGCCUAAGUGGAAAGAAUGCUACGCACAACGUGAGGCCAAAGAUGAGAACUGGAGGAAGGGAAAUUGCAAGGUGUCUGCGAUUCAACUCACAGACAUCGUCUAUUGCCUCAAUUUCAACGAAGACAUAAUCGUGGCUGCGCUGCGUGAUGAUAUUGUCCGUGUGAUCGACAUCAACACCGGAAAGACAACCAAGCUGCUUCGCGGCCACAGGGGCUUUGUCGGAACGUGUGAUUUCGAUGACCGAAUAAUCUGCUCCGGCUCCUGGGACAAAACGAUCAAAGUGUGGGAUCUGGAAACGGCUCGACUCCUCAAGAAUAUCGACGCGCACCAAUCUGAGGUGGUGGUGAUCAAGUUUAAGGACAACACUCUCGUAUCAGGCUCCGCGGACAUCUCCAUGAAGAUAUGGGAUUUGGAGACGGGCAUCAGCACCGCCACUUUGCGAGGCCACACCAAAGACGUCUGCACGCUCCAGUUCGACGAGACCAAGAUCGUCUCGGGCUCCAAGGAUGGCGCUAUCAAGGUGUUGUGGGACAUGCGAUCGCAACAAUGCGAGAACACCUUCAUCGAGCACACCGACGGCGUAUGGUCCAUACAGUACGAAGACAACGAACUCGUCUCCGCGUCGAGAGACACCACGGUGAAGGUGUGGGACAUGAGGGCAGGGCAUACGGACAAAGUGCUUUCGAUGAUGUUCGACGAGUCCAAGAUCGUGACGGGCGCAGAGGACUUCACAAUCAGAGUAUGGGACAGGCACACUGGUGAUGCCUACGGCGUGCUGCCGAUUGGUCACAAGGGCAAGGUGUGGACGCUCAAGUUCCACGAUGCGGUGAUGGUCUCGGGCUCACACGACAUGACGAUCCGCAUCACCCGCUUCGACAGGAAGCCCACGCCACUAGCUGCCUACGCCAUCAAGAAGUAG